AAUGCUGAAUGUUCUAAACCUUGCCAUUAACAUUUUAUAACAGUAGCCUAUCUAUUAUUUUAAAAUCUUAAAUCUUUCUGCUUGGUUAUUAACAAUUUUCUUUAAGAUGAAUGUAAUAAUUUAUAAACAUAUACCUAGCGUCCAAUAAUAACUAACAACUUACAUAAAAAUUCUCAAAAUAAGUUAUGAUGUUAAUUAAAUAUAUUUUACAUCCAUAAAAAUGCAACGAUUUCAGAAAGAUUUUAGUUCUAUUAUUUUAGAUGAAAUAGCUCUCGAAGGAUUAGAUGGAAUUACUAUUGAAGGUAAAAUUUAAAUUUGGAUAGCAAAUGUUUGAUUCUUAUUGUGUUGUUUUGUAGCUUUAUCUAAGAGAUUAUCAAACAAUAGUGAUUGGCCCUUAAAACCCGUGGACAACUCAAUAAAAAAACUUGUGUGGUCAUUUAUAGUUUGUCUAAAGAAUAUAGAAUUUUAUAGAUUGGAAAAUCCAAGAGAUCCAUUAAUUAUAUUUAAUCGAUUCGACUAUGUUCACAGUGAAUUUGGAUCAUUAUAUGAGCCAGUAAGUUUUUAUUAUAAUUUAUAUUUCAACAGUUUUUAUUUUAAUUUAAUCUUUAGGAAAUUGUACCAAAAGACAUAUACCCAAACCACCCUGUUGAAGAUGGUUCAAUUAUGGGAUCUUGUAAAGAAUAUUUUACCAGAUUCAAUCUAGGAUCAUUUCCUAGAAAAAUAUCUGUUGAAGAAGCAGAGAAAAGGUUCUUGUAUUAUUAAUAUUUGCAUAGAAAAACAAAGUGUUUAUUAUUUUUUUUUAGAUGGGGCAGACAUUUAGUCAUAGUUGCCAACCAGGAUGUACGCACAAAAGUUUUAAUACCAGAUGACAAACAGUGUGCCUUAAAUAUAUCAGUUCGAUACUAUUUGGUAUUAGAGAGAAUUGGUCGUGCUCGAUACUUAGGAGAAGCAUCUUUUGGUACACAUUCAUUAAGAUUAAUUUUUCCUGAUUCUAAAGCAUUAUCUUAUGUCAGAAAUCGAUUGAGUGAUGUCGGUUUAAUAAAAAAUCAAGUAAGAAAUAAGAAUAACCAUUAUAGUUGUAGGUAAAUAUUAUUUGUUUUUUUUUCAUAUUUUUCAUUAAUAUUUUUUGUUGUUUAAAGGCACUUGCUUAUUCUGGAAGCAGUACACAAAUAGCUAAUCGUAUUGUUAUUUCAAGUUUAGUACGGUUUUUUGUUCAACGGCAAACUAUGAUUGAUGAAAUGGUAUCUAGUAUAGUAGAUUAUUUGAAACUACAACCAAAUUUAUUAGCUUCCUAUGAUCAAGUAAAAGCUGCAUGUAAUAUUAGUUUUUCAAAAACAUUUAAACAGCCUCAGCUUAAAAAAUAUUGUGACACUAAUUUAGUAAGUCAAUUAAAACUAUCAGUGUUAUUAAAAUGUAAAAACUAACUAAUAAAACCAAACUAUUUAAUAACUUAUUUUAGAUGCUCAAAUAUCGUGAGUUGUAUCCAAAUGCAACUAAAAGUGAAUAUUCAUAUAAAAAAGAUUCUAAAAAUGAAAAAGUUAUAAGAUGCAUUAAAUUAAAAUAUAGUGACAAUAAGGAAAAUUCUAAUAGAGCACAGGAUAACAAAAUAAUUUUUGAAGGUAAACCUUACAUUUUGAAUUAUGGGCAGAGUGAAGAAUGUAUUAGUUUUAAUAUGAUAUAUAGUUAUUAUGUUAACAAAAUUACAACCAAAAUCUUAUUUUAAUCAUCAACAUUAAGUGGGGGGGGGUUAGUACCACUUAACCAGAGCUUCACUCUAAAUUGUUUUCUUUUUAAUAAAUGAUUAUUUAACUAGUAGUUAAUAUUAAUGAAUUCAAUUAAACUUAAGAACAAUUAUCAACCAUUAAUUUAAUCUUCUUUGUGUUGUACAGGUCGUGAGUUUAAACAGGAUUGUUCAUUUGAUCGACAAAUACUCAGAUGGAUUGAGAAACAUGGUGAUUUAGGGGUAACACUUUCUGAAAUGUCUCGUGAUUUCAGAUUUACUACUGAUGGUAGUUUAGAAGGGGUUUUAAAAAAGCUAAUAAGUUUAAAAUAUAUAACAAAAAAAUACUGUGAUCGAGGCCGAGCAAAAGUUUUUUGGUAAUUUGUUUAUAAUAAUAAAUAAUCAUUUAAACUUUAUAUAUGUGUGUGUGUAUGUGUGUUGCAUUUAUUACUUGAAUUAGGCUAAAAUUAAUUUUUAAUAUUGAUGAUUUGUAUUAGUAUUGGAUCAAACUAUUAAAAACAAAAAAAUAGUUUUAAUCAAAUUUGAGAUAUAAUAGUUCGUAAACAAAAUAAUUCUUGUUUUUACUAUAGAAUUUUGUAAAUAAUAAAUUUUAAUGCAGUAGUUAUAAUUUAUUUCUGGUUCAACAUAUACCCAUACAUGUAUUAUAUAAAUGAAUUUUUAGAUUUGUCUAAGAGUUUUUUCAGAAAACCUUAGUAUGAAAUCUGAAUUAUAUUAUAAAUAAAUAUGAAUACAAUUUGUUUUAGUUAUAUUGCUAAUAAUUAUAAAUCAGAAUAUAAAGAUUAUGAUGUAGAAAUGGAAAAUUUGAUUCAAACAAAUACUGAAGAACUUAAGACUGAAGAAAAUAAUUUAACUGAUAUAAAUGGUUCUUUGACAAAUAUGAUUAUUGAAACAGAAGCAGAAGAAGAAAUUAAAUUGGAAGAAAAAGAUUGCAGUUUUAAUGAAUCCAAUCAAAAUGAAAGGACUCGUGAUAAUUUAGAGCCUAACAAUGAAGACUCUACAGAAACAGUAUUGAUUAAUAUUCCAGUAUGUGUAAUUUAUAAAUUUUUGAUACCUAGGUUCUUAUAAAAUUAGAAAGAUAAAAACUCGCAAAUUAAAUCACAACAGAUUAUUUUUUCUUUUAACUUAACAUAUUGAUUGGCGUCAACAUGUUGAACACUUUUUACAAUCAAUAAACAUUUAAUGUAAAUUGUUUAGUAUUCCUUUUGAGUAGGUAGUUAAAAGAAUUUUUAAAAAUACAUAUUCAAUAGUAUUUUAUCUGUUCUGUUUAUCGCUGUAGAAAUAUUAUUUUACAUUUGUAUGUUAACCUGUUUUACUAGUAAGUUGUCUAUUAUUUCCCAUUAUCAUAUACAAUAUGAGGAAUAAAAGGGUUUAAUUUUUUUUUUUGUGUGGUAGGUAUAUUAAUAUCAAGAUCUAAAAGAGUUGGUAAAUUUUCUAAUUAAUAUGAAAUUUAGAAACUAAAAGAAAUUCAAUAAUGUUAUUUGGCGUCUUGAAUGUUCUUGGGUUCAAAGUUGAAAAAAAAUGUUUUAUGUGUUAUUGAAUAUAUAUAAAAACUUUUCUUAGUAUCAAAAUUAAAUUUAAUUAAAAAAUUUACUAUGCUCUAAAGUGGAGUGAAAACUUCAAAAACAUGUCCACAGUCAACAUGUUAAAUUUUAAAGAAAACAAUUUUUUUUAAAGUUUUAAACAUUAACUAUGUUGUCAGGAAAAAAAAAUAGUAAAAGUUUUAUUCUCUAAUAACUUAUUUAUCACUCUUGGAUUUCAACUAUUUUAGAAAAAGGAAUGUUGAUAACAUACAUAAUAUGAAGUUGAAAAUUAAUUUUUUUAAUCAAUAGAUUUUUAAAUUUAUUUAUGCUCGUUCAUAUUCAGAUUAUGCCUGGUAAAAAUGGUAAUAGACAUUAUAAUGUAAUAAUUUGAUAUCUUAAUAUCAAAACUAGUCAGUUACCCAAUCUUUAACUCGAUGCAAAUGCUUCAUUAAUAGUAAUCAUACAUAGUUUUAUUUGAUUUUUAUUUAAUUUAAAUUGAACUUGCCAUCACUUAAUACAUUUUUUCAUAAUUUCUUUUCUAUUAUAAUUUUACAUUAUUUAUUAUUUAUUUACAAAAUUGAAUGGUGAACUAUGUUUGUAUUUAUAGGAUGAAAAUAAACAAUGUGAUAUGGAACAAAAAAUUACACGAGUUAUGGAAUUUGAAUACUGCAAAUCGGUAUAUGAACAUUCUAAGUAAGCAAAAACAAAACAAACCAAAAGUUUAUUAUUAUAUUUUAAAAUUCAUUUAAAAAUGAAUAAUGUACUAAUUUAUGUAUAUUUCUAUUUAUAGUCAAACUGUUAGUAUGACUGAUAGAUUUUACUUCCGGAAACAGAUUAUAUUUAGUAUGUUGUCUACAGAAAAUAUAGUUAGUUUGCUUAACAUAAAAAAAGUAAAUAUGUAAAUUACAAUUCAAGUAUGAAUUACUGUAAUAUGUAUAUUAUUAUUAUUUAUAGUGAUAGUUAUAGUUUAAUGGUAUUUUUUUAGAAUAUUAUAGACACCGAAAAAGAAAACCCAAAAUUUAUAGGAACUAUUGAUAUUAAAACAUUAGUCAAGAUUAUUGGUCAUUUUGAAAAGAUGGGCAAACUUAAAUCUGUUCAAUAUCGAGUAACUUAUGAAACAAAAACUGUAAAUCAUUCAUUUGUGGGAAAUACUAAUGUUGAUUUUAGUAAGUAUAAAUACAUAAUUCUAAAUUACUGAUGGUUCAUUUAUUCUAUUUCAGAAUUACAAUAUGAACACCAAUAAUUAAGUAAUAAUGGUUAUAAAUAACAAUAUUAAAAUAGUAAAUUGAAAAAAAAAUAAUUAAAAUUAAAUAAAAAUACUUGAAAAUAAGAAAGCAAUACUAAAAUUAUUAUUUUCAAAUUUUAAUUUAAAAUAAAAUUUCAAUCAAACAGAUAGUUUAGACAUUAACACUUUUAACAGAAACAAAGAUCUAAGCAUUCAAUGCAUAUAUAUUAAAUUAUAAAUAUUAUAAUUAAUAACUUGAAUAUGAAUAGCAUAUUUGCUACAUUAUACAUAAUUUGUUUAGGAAUUUAAAAAUGCGUACUAGAAGUGAAGACUAUUUCUUAAUAAUGCUAGUUUGAGUGCUACUAAAGUUUGAAUUUAUAUAAUUACAUUGUGUUUUGAGCUCUUCCCGUAUCAAAUAAAAUAAAAUAUUUGAAAAAUAGUUUUUUUUUAUCUAUUUUAUAUUUGACAAUUAUGACAUUUAUUUUGUAGCAAUAAAAUUCAAAUUUUUUUCCAAAUAUAAAGAAGCAUUAGGGCAAUAUAAACAUGUUCUAUAAAUAUGGUAAAAAUAUAAGGGUAUCAAAUUAACUUUUUGCUGAUAUGUAAUCAUAUAUGAAUAGUUUAUAGAAAUCAUUAUUUAUAAAUACAAUAUUAACAAUGAUAAUAAGGUUAAAAUUUUCUUGUACUGGAAAAAAAAUGUAUAAAUAUGUAUGCACUUAAAAAAACAACUAAAUAUGCAUUCAAAAUUAAAGAAAUAUGGACAUAGUCAAUUUUAAAAAUAGUAUGUAUAAAAAAAAUAGGUUAGAAGCAUAUUCUAAUAGUAAUUAAUAAUUAUUAUGAUUUUAUGAAGUAUCAUAUUUUUCUUCUUCUCAAGUUUUUAUAGUCCUCUAAGGACUUUUACUGCUAAGUAUAAUAUUAAUAAUAAUUAAAUUAAAUAUAAAAAAGUAUAAAUAUUUUAACUUAAAGAUUUACAUUGGACUGCGAUUGUUUGUUUUAAAUUUUCAACAGUGAUAAUUUGUAUAUAAUUUAAGAGUGUGAAAUUUUUAUUUAAAAUCGUGAAAUAUAUUGUUAAAACAAAAUACAAACACAACAUCAACAUUUAUAAAUAAAAAUUAUAAAAUAUCCUAAUAUAUGGAAAAUAUAUUUUUAAUAUUUUGAAUAUAGGCAUCAUGAAACACAUUUUUUUACAAGAAUGAGAGCUAUAGGGCAAUCUAAAAAAGCAUACCAAAAUUAUAAACAUCCUAAUUUUUAAUGAUGAGUGUUAAUACUUCAGUUUUCUUAAACAGCUAAAACCUUUUUUAACAAGAAUUUGUCAUUAUGAUUAGUAUUAUAUAUUAUAAGUAUUUAUACAAAAAUUUUGUUUCAAAAAAAAAUUUGUUUAUCUAUUUAUUUAGCUAGCCCAGAAACAAUUGUCUAUAUGAAUAGUUUCUUAAAUAGAUUUAACAACACAAUGAAAACCACUAGAGCUUACAAAAAAUGGAACUUAGCAGUAUACAAAUCACCAGAACCAAAAAUUGUAAGUAUUAUUAAAUUCAUUAUUAAUUGAGCAUUAAAAUAUGUUAUUUAUUAUUUUUAGAAUAUAUUGGAGCUUAAGCUUCCUAGAUUUAUGAAAAUGAGAUCACUACACGAGUACUUGUAUUAUAUAGUUUAUAAUCACCCUGGGGAAAGUUUAAUAAAUGCUUGUAAGAUGACAGAAGACACUGUUUCAAACUAUCGAAAUGAUUUAAUACAAGGUGAUAAAGCUCAAUUACCGAAAGUUUACUAUCCAACUAUAGGCUGGAAAAUGUUUGUGCCACCUUUAUCAAAAUAUCCAAGUAAAAAUUUUAGUUAUUAUUAGGGCACAGAUUUAAAUGCACUUAAAAUAUGUAAAGAAGGACUUGAAUCAUCAAAAAAGCAAAAGUGGUUGACAAGUUUUAAAGUCCCCACUUUGACAGUUCCUACCCCAUUAAAUACAUUUUUUUUAACACAGACAAAUGAUUGACAAAAGCAUUUUAUUUUUUGUAACACAUAAAAAUUUAUUUGAAAAAAAUUAGUUUUAUAUAACCAUCUUAGUGUUAAAAAAUGAUUUAUAAUAAAUUGGAACCAUAAUAGAAGUUUUAAACUCUUCUACCUUAAUUUCUCUUUUAAAUAUUUUUAAUUAAUUUUUUAGAGGUUUUUUGUGAAUUUUAAAUGCAUUUAAAUCUGUGCUCUAGUUAUUAUUAUUAUUAUUUUUAAUUCAAAUUUAUAAUCUGAAAUUCUUUUAAAAGGAAUAUACACAGUAUUAAACAUAUUUCUUAAUGAGUUAGUUUUUAUAAGUUUAUAACAAUUAUUAUUUUAAUACAUAUAUUUAUAUUAAUUAUUUAAAUUAACAAUUAUAAUUUCUUAAUACAUGGAAAUUUAUUGUUUAUAUCACUAUGUUAAAAAUUGAACCCAUUAUUUAUACAAAUUAAUAAUGUUUACUCGUUAUAACAAAAAUAAUUACAAAAAGUUAUUAAUGUUUUAGAAUAUCCAGAUGGUUGGUUUUUUGUGAGUGACAUUAUCCAUCACAUGCCAUUAGAUAUCAUGUUAAAAAUUGUAAAUUUCAAUAAAUCUAAUGUAAAUUUGGAUAAACUUGUUAAUUAUGCCACACACCCCGUUUUUAAAUAUUUACCUCUAAUGUCACUAUCAUCUGAAGUGCGUACUAUGUUGUCACAAGGAUUAAAAAAGUAAUUCUUACUAUUUAUAAUUUAUUUAAAUUAUCAAAUUAUAAUUUUGUUUCAAAUUUAUAGGCACAUUCAAAGUACCUUGAAUGUUUUACGAUUACUUUGCAUGAUCGGUUUAAUACAAUUUGGUGCCAAGACAUAUAAAGAUACAGAAUUGGUAAAUAUUAUAAAAAACAAAAAAAAAAAAACAGUUAAUAAUUUAAUUAAAUGAAAUUUUUUUUUUAUAUAUAUUUAGGUUUAUGCUUAUUUAAAUAGGCGGGCUAGUCUUUUGAAUACUGUGAAAAGUAUUCCUAAUUAUUAUAGAGUAUCUGAUAUGGAUUAUGAAAAACGAACUUAUGAAUUUUUCAGCGAUUAUGAAUUAGAAACAUAUUGGAUGGAUACUUGGUAUUUUUGCACAAAUACACCACUAGGUACAUUGAAGAAAUUUUAAUUUAUACUGUUAUGAGUAGAUAUUAAUUAUUUUUAUGAUUUAGGUUAUAGGCUUUUAAAAUCAGUGAAUAAACCUAAACGGCAGGAGAUAAUAACAAAAAGUAAAAUAGCCAUAGAAGAAUCUUGUGCUUCUAGAGGUGCUUUAGAAGCAGUUGCCCAAGAUGAUGGAACAAUACCUGGUGAUAACAAAGGAGCUGCAGGAUUUGAUAGUCAUUUAUUUGCGUAAGUUUUUAAUUUUAAUAAUAUUUUUAUUAUUUAGUAAAAAUUAUGUUGAAAACAAUUUGUAAAACUAAAAAGUUUUUAAUUUUAUUUUAUUAAUUCUACAUAUUAUAUUAUGUUUAAAUGAUAAUCAUUUUGAAUAAGAUUUCAAAUUUAAUAAUUAUUUUUUUCUUUAAGACAAUUUUUAUUGAAAAUCGGCCGUGUUACAUUAGUUAAAGUAGUUUGAAUAUAGUCAAAGGUCUAUGUAAAACUCAUAAAUAUUAAAAUUACUAAAAUUUGUUUGACUAUCAUACACCCUAUAAAUCAAAUAACACAAAUGUACGUGUGAUGUCCUCUAAAAUUUAGAUAAAUAGGAAAGCUUAUUCAAUUCUAAUUUGAAAUAUUAUUUUCAAUUUUGAUCAUAUUAUUUUUUCAGCUCUUUAGUUUUUAUUGUUAUAAUAGAUGUCUAUAAUUUACACAUAUUUAAAUAAUAAUUUAUUUUAUAUUUCUAUGUAAAGGAUCCUAAUAUAUUUCUAUUGUAUCUCUUUUAGUUCAAUUUGAUAGUGAAGUUGUAUUAAUAACUAUUAUAGUUAUUUUAAUAUUUAAUUAAACAAUAUAUCUUUUGUCGCAUCUAGAAAUCUGAAAAUCUUAAGCAUAUCAAGAUUUUUUUCUUAAAUUGUUUAUUAAUUAUAACAAAUUUAAUUUAGAGUGUUAAAAACUUAUAUUUUCACUAUUAGUACCAUGUACAUAUUAGUUAUAAACAAAUAAUAAUUUUUAAUAAAGUAUGAUUUAUUCAUUUUUUUUAGGCAUUUAUCUCGAAAUUGGAACUUAAAAAAAAAAAUAACUACAACUACUAAAAAAAAAACUAAGUCUUUAUAUUUACAAAGAAUAAGAAAAAAUUUGAAUCGUAAAAAAAAUGAAAAUACAAAAAGUGAAAUAACCAAUAAUCAAUUCCAUAAAAUGUAAGUAUUCAAGGUAAAAUAAUUCAAAUUAUUAACUAAUUUUGACAUUUUUAAAUAAUAGGAGAUUUAAGUGGACAACAGUUGAAGAUCAAGUACUUUUAUUUUGGAAAUUAGGUACAAUGAUUAUAAAACAAGUUUCUUCGCAUGCUUAUCUUUCUUAUAGUAUUAAAGAUAUAUUUAGAUCGAUUUUUGGAAAGGUAAGUAAUUAAUAAUAAAAUUUAAAAUAAUUAUAGUAACUAAAAUUGAUACAAUGAUUAAAGCUAUUUAAAUUAAAUUUAAAUUUACUGUCAUAUUCAUUUGUAUUAACAAAUAUACCAUUUUCAGUUCUACCGUUUGAAAAGUAUUGACAAUUACUUGAGACGAAUAAGAUAUUUAAUGAGAAAUUCUGCUAUUGAGAACAGGGUAAAUUUUUUAUAUGAUGAGUUAAAGACUGAUGAAAAAAUUCAAGAUACAUUUAAAGUAAAUGUUAUUUAUAUUUAUAAACUAAUUUUUAUAUCACCUGAAAAAAAAUUUAGUUUCCCGACCAUUUAUUUAAUUUAGACAGAUAUUGAAAAACAACAUGAACUGCACAAAGCUAAAAAAUACAAAGCCAUGCGAGAUCUAAUUGUUUUAAAUAUUAAAACAUUUAUCACAUUAUUGCGUGAGCGUGGUUCCACAAUUGACACUCGUUGUGUAAGGGAUGGAAAAAAGAACAUUCCAUUUAUUCAGCCAUUAGAUGUAAAACAAGAAAUUGACAGUACUAGUAGUAUUUUUGCUGUAGAUAAUCAAGAUUUGGAAUACAAUUACUAUGAUCAACAUGGUUUUCAACAUGACCUUGUUCAAGAGAUCAAUUAUAUGUUUACUGCAAAGGAAGUAGUCAUGUCUGUUAUUAGUUCACUAAUACAUGUGAGUAGUCAAUCUUUUAGUGAUAAUUUUAUUUUAAAUAUAUUUGAGAAUUUAUUAAUAUUUUAGAGCUCGUUAAGUAAUAAAAGUAAUGAUCCCAAAAUUUCAUUGACCUACUUACAAGUUUUCAAGCAGUAUCCAGACGAUGUAUUGAAACAAUCUUUCAAUUCCAUCAAAGAUAAUAACAUAAUAACAUGCAGUCAGUACCACAAAGAAUCCCUUCAGAUUUUAUUAUCUACUCCCCAUAUUAUCCAAUCCAAAACUUAUGACUAUGGUCCAAAGUUUGUAAACCGUGUUCAUUAAAUAAUUUAUAAUGUAGUUUUCUAAUAUUGUGCUCAUCAAUAAUAAAUAUAUUUAAAUUAUUUAAUUACAGAUUCUAUUCAACAUUGGUCGGAACCACUGACACAGGACGUUAUAUAGAUACAUUUAUAGCUUAUACAGACAUAAAAAAAAAUCUGUUUGAAAAGAAAAUUUUGCUAUUGUAUCCUUCAUGUGGUCUUUGCUCGACACUUACUUGUUUGUCUUUAACCAAUAUUGUAGAUAUUUCUAUAGAGUUUGAUAAAAAGGUAAGUGUAAUUAUUGUUUUAUUAGUUAAAAAAAUAUUUAUAUGAAUGUAUAUGUCUACAUAUAAAAUUACAUUAAAUAAUCAAAAAAAAAAAAAAAAAAAUGAUUAUUUAUUAUUUUAGUACCUAGAAUGUAUGCCCAAUGAAAAUUUAGAUGAAGAAUCUCAUUGUUUAAAAAACACUUUAAAACGGUAAUUGUUAAUUUUUGCAAAGAUUUUAUUAUUAAAAGUAGAUUAUCAAUUUUUCAUAUAAUUUUUUCUAUAUUAUAUUCUACAAUCUUUACCAUAAGGCAAAAAUUGAUUAUCAUAUUUUUAUUGAUUAUUUAUUUUAUCAAAUUUUCUUGAAACAAUAAUAUAAAAUUUAAAACAUUUUUAUUUUUAGAAUGAGAAGUCGCCAUUUUGAUUUGCUUUCAACCAGUAAUGACUCAGUGGAAUAUAUCAAAAUUAUAACUUCUGUCACUAAACAGUUAAAAAAUUAUAAGGUUUUAUUUUUUGUAUAGAAAUGUAUAAAUUACAUAUUUUAUAGUAGUUUUUACUUUUAUUAACAUUUUUUUUUUUUUUUGACGUAUCAUAAUAAAUUAAAUUUUUUUUACUUGAUCAGGUUAUUUGUAAACUAAAACAGUCCAUAGUAAAUUUCGAAGAAGAAAUUGAUCUAGUAUUGGAACAUAUUUUCAAGUUUGUGUUUUAUAAUAAUUUUCUUACCUUUUUUUAAAUAAUAUGUUUUUAUUUUAUUUUUCAGAAAGCCAACAUUUGAACCACAAUUAAAAAAUAUUAAUAAGUUGAAUGAUUUGUGUAAGCUGAUCUUAAAGUUUUGUAAAACCAAAGAACAAUUUGGUGCUUCACAGUUAGACAUAAAAGUAUAUAAUAAUAAUUUUACAAUAUUAACUGCUAUUUCUUUAGUAGAAAUUAACGUUUUGUUUGUUUUUUUAGAAACACUUUGAUAAUUUACCUUUACAUGUUCUUGAAAAGUCACUGAAUGAUUUGAUAAAAAGUGAUCUUUUAUUAAGGGCUGGUAUUGAAGUACCAUCUUACAUACAUUAUCAGUACACUGAUUUGUGGUUAAUAAAAAUACCUAGUGUCAAUUGCCCUAACGUAAAUCAUGAUGUCGGAUUUAAAAAUGAAAAUAAUAUAUUAUACAAUAAGUAAGUUACCUAUGUAAUAAUUUGUUUCUAUGAUUUUACUAAUUUAUUAAUUUUUAAUUUCAGAUUGACAUAUAAGGAAAUAGAUACAACAGAACCACCACUCAAAAAGUUAUGCAAAGAAUAUCCAAAAGAGUAAGCAGUACCUAUACUUUCUUCACUUAAAGAAUGUGGUUUGAUUACUUAAAACAUAUAAUUAGGGUCUAAUAUUUAACACUUCUGUUUUACAAUUAAAACAUUUUUGUAUAAACAUCUUUAAUAAUUGCAAUUUGUUUUGUUGUAAAACAAAGUUUAAUAACAGAAUUAUUUAAUAUUUGGACAAAAUACAUUUAUUACCUAAUUCCUAAACAAUAAUUCAAAUACUUUUUACAAUACAAAUAAUACUGAAAUAAUAAUUUUAAAUGUUGAAUGAAAUGUGUCUAUAAAAUAUUCUAAUUGGUAUAUAGUCUGUCAUGGGUGGUGAGAUCUUGUUAGUGAUAGGAACCAGUGUGUAUGUAGAAGUUUACACAUAUUUAAUGAAAGAUAAUCAAUGCUGAAUUGUUUCUUCAAUUAUAAUUGUAUUAAUAAAUAAAUUAUCACUUAGGGACAUGAACAAUGUAGAAACAUAUGAUCGAGUUAACAUUCGUCCAUGGAUUCGAUUGGAUUUGACAAUUAGCCAAGAAAUCUUGGAAAAGUAUUUAAACUCAGUUUUAUCCAAAAUAAUUGUUAAACCUGGAAUUCUAUUAAAAACACUAAAAAAAGAAUAUUCCCCUUUUGUACAGCCUAUGUAUAUUAGAGAGGUUGUAGAGGUAUAAAAAUAUAUAUUUUUUUUAAAUUUGUUGAUUAUGUAAUAUUAACCAAUUUUUCUGUAUUAUGUAAUAAAAUAGAUGCUCAAGACAAUGAAAUGUAUAAAUAUGAUACACAUACAAAAUGUGUGCAGACCUACAUUUUUUUCUAGUUCAAAUCAUAACAUAAUAUUUUGUAAGUAAAAUCUAUGUAAAUAAUUAACUGACAGUAUUUAAAUGUUUUAAAUCUGGAAUUAUUUACCAUUUGUGUUUUUUUUAUUUGUAUAGAAAAUAAUUGUAGAUAAAAAAUGUGCUGUAGCCUAAAUUAAGUUUUAGGCAAUUUUGAUAACUAAUUUUUCUUAACUUUUCUUGUUAAAUCCUGAGAGUUGCAGUAAACAUAUGUGGGUAUUUAGGUUUGUCUGUAAAUUAUUUUUCUAGAAAAAGUUUUACUUUGAUCAUCAACAUCAAUGGUGGUUUCUUGAGAAAAUAUUAUUGGAGGUCAUUUUUUGUAAUUUAAUAUUUCGGAAGAACUGGAAAAUGUAUUCUAUGAUUUCUGUUAUUUUCAACAUUGUUGAUUUUUCAAAUUAUUAAUAGCCAAAUAAAAUUAGAGUUUUAUUUUCCAAUGGGUUUUCAAAAUAAUUGGGAAAACCGUAAAGAAAAUUAUAAACAUUUUAAAUGUGUUAAAAUUUUCAAACCAUUUGAGCUAUUUCAGACAUUUAAAUUUUGCAAGUUUUUACAUAAUUUUUAUUUGGUAGUUACUUUGUGGUUACAAUUUUUAAAUUAAUAGAAAUGUUUGAAAAUAUAAUUUAAUGUAAUAUUUUUAUUUUUAUUUAUUUUUGUAAGAGCUAAUAUGAAAUUUUAAUGAAAAUCGUAAAUAGCAGCAUUUUAAAACAUGUAUAACCGAACUUUGCUCCGAAUUGUUUUUUAUUAGCAUUAGUUUAUCUUUCCUUACAGAUAUAAAUUAAAUAACUUUAUUUAUUCUACCUUUUCAAAUUCCUACUUACAACAGUGUCACACCCGUCCCCUAUAUUAGAUUAGUUUUUGUUGUUUUUGUGUGGAUUAUUUAUUUUUAAUUUAUUGUAUCUUGCAUUAAAAUUAGUUAAAACCAUAAAAAAAUUGUAAAUUUCUUUGUAGUUACCAAUUAAUAUAGUUUUAAAUUUUAAUUAAUUGAAAUAUGUUCAACUGAACUUUCAUCAGAAUCCUGUUUUAUUUAUAAUUACUUUAUAUUUGUUAUUUAUUUAAUUUAUAGUGACACUUAUUUCAUGAUCUACAGUUCUUUUAGAUACGAAUCAUAAUUAUUGUUAUAACUUAUGAUAUUAUCAUGUAAUUCACACAAAUAUGUUAUAGCUGACAUGAAGGGAUUGGAGGAUGAAUCUUUAAUAAUGUUGGAGCCAACUCUUGACUGUGAAAUACGAUUUGGAUAUUUUUCAAGCAAAUUUAGUACUAAUGUAAAGUAGAUUAAUGAAUUUAUUAUAAUAUUCGAUCAAAAUCUACACAUUUAUUU